AUGGUGAAGGAGUCUGCCCCUGUUCACGAUACUACUAGUUUGCCACAGAUCUCAGCCUCAUCCGACCCCGCCCUGAAAAUGAAAACAGAAACUGAGCCUAACAAGGCCGCACACGAUACAACGAUUGCCAUAGACAAUGAUCAUCUCUCGCUAGGCCAAGCGGACUCUCGAUAUGCGACAGACAGCAGCUGGGCUGCCUACCGGGUCUACAUAGCCAUUUUAUUUUCAGAAGCUCUUCUGUUCGGUAUAUCACUAUCAUUUGGGGUUUUCCAAGACUACUACUCCAAUCAAGUAUCGCUCCCAAACCAUCAACUUGCCUCCUGGAUAGGCGUCCUCAGUUCCGGUAUACCAUACCUCGGAACCCCAUUUAUAACAUACCUAUGUGAAGCUAUCUCGAUCAAGCCACAUUACUAUAUCAUCCUUGGUUGGGCUCUAACUGUCAUUGGGCUACUCAGUAGCGCCUUUUGCCAUGACGUGAAACCUCUCAUUGCAACACAAGGACUACUAUAUGGCAUUGGAGUUCUUCUUGUUGAAAUGCCAUCCUUGAUCAUAAUGAAUACAUGGUUUGUCAAACGAAGAGGACUUUUCUUUGGACUACUGUGCGGUGUACUUGACUUGUUUGGUGUUGCCCGGGGAUUCCUCGCAAGUUCAAUGCUGAACAAACAUGGUCUGAGAAUCACCCUUUUGACCAUGGCCGCAAUUGCUUUCGUUAUUCCCGGCAUUUGCCUAUUCUUCAUCCGCGAAAGGCCUGUGUACGGAACGGCCCAAACGACAACAGAGGACAGCCAUGUCUCCGCUCCUAGUACCCAACAAGGUGUGGCAACGGAAUUACCUCCUGCGAACCGAUAUUACCAACGACCGACGUUCUACCUCUUUCUCAUAGCCAACCUCCUUCAAGCCUUGGCAUUCUACCUACCAUUCAUCUACCUUCCUUCAUAUACCACCAUCUUAGGAUACUCAACUUCAAAAGGUGCUAUGGUGCUUGCGGUCGCAAAUAUCGCCCAGAUCGUCGGCGAGAUAUCGUUUGGCAGGCUUUCCGACAAAUUCAGCGUCCACAUGCUGGCUACGAUCUCAGCCACUGUUGCAUGUGGUUCCACUUUCAUUCUUUGGAGCCUCGCAGACUCACUAGCAUAUGUGAUAGCCUUUGCAUUUGUCUUCGGAGCUUUCGCUAGUGGAUUCAUUGCGCUAUGGCCCCGCAUGGGGACGAUGUUUGCCGAGCGAGAUGCCAACAUGAUCUACAGUUUCCUAUCAUGUGGGCGAGGAUUGGGAGUCAUUGUCUCAGGGCCAAUCAGCUCGUCUCUUUUGAAAGUCGGUAGAAGUCGUGGCAAUGACUCUACUCCUGCACAGACAUUUAAAGCUUUGAUUGUGUUUGUCGGUUCAUGCAUGGCGGCAGGUGCAUUUAUCACUUGCAUAGGAUGGGUGUCUUCCAUACACAAAAGUUUAAAAAAGUCCCGAGGCAAAGUUGAAGAUGUAUAA